GUAAGACACUAGCAAAUCGGCGCAUCAGCCCUCACUGGCAGCGCAUAGCCACUAAACGUCAGUGAAAGGCUGUCUCGUGAUCACUCGGACACGCCCUCGACGCGUAAAGCAGUUGCGCUAACGCGCGGCGCCGCUGCUGCACGCUGCACCGCAGCGAUGCCACUGCGCCCCUUCGCCCCGAGCGACAACGACGCCGCGCGGCCGGACGCCGUCGCAGCACUCGCAGCACUGCUCAAGAAACGCGACGCGAAGGCAUCACCAGACGUCGACGCGUUCCUCGACUCGUACCUCGCGCACCGCUCCCAACGAGAAAGCGACGCCCUGCGGCCCCUCGACGAGCGCGUUUUGACAGUGCUCGCGCGACACAAGCUGAGCGCGCCGCGGCUGGUGGGCUGCGCGCGCGUGUUUAGGGAGCGGUCGCCGGCGCUCUGCGGAGCCGUCGUCCGCGAGGCGCCCUGCGUCGAUGAACUUGCUGCUUUCGCACCAAUCCUCGCGCGCCACCUCGACAAAGACGCUGCAGACGUCUUGGCCUUCCUCGCGGCCUGCGACCGGAGGAUCGCCGGCGCCCUCGUGUCGGGAGACGACGCGCCGCUGCUCGCAAAGGCUGCCGAGUCCGGCUUCGACGACUUGGUGGACGUGCUUGCGAAAGCACGGAUGCCCGACGUUGACGACGACGACGACGCACCCGCUGUACAGCCGCCGCCGCCGCCACGACCAAAGGAGGAGGCGGAUUUGAUGUCUAGAGUAGAAAGCGGCGUGCAGGCCGUCAAGGGUAUUCUAGGCGAUGCCUAUGGCGACGGCUACCUCGCCGCGUGUCUCGCGGCUUUAGAUUUGAAUCCUGAGAGAGUCGUAGAAGCUUUGUUAGAUAACAACCCGCCAGCCGCCGUCUCCCACUUAAGCCCGCAGCUGGCCAAGAUCGCCACCGUACGCGGAGAUAAUCGGCGGACGGGCGACAUCAAUGAAAAUGAAGCAAAACGCCAGCAGAAGGCGCGCUUGCGAGCCCUCGAGAAGCAAGAAGCUGAGGAUCAACAAUUGAGAAACGCGGUCUACGACGACGACUACGACGACCGGUACGACGGGCUCCAGGAGCCGACCAUAUUAACGGGGGACCAGGACGCCGUGCGCCGGGCUAAUGCUUUGGUGCGAGCCGACGAAGAAGAGGAGGCGUACUGGGCGUCGCAGCGCAAUGCCAAUUCUAGUAAGAGUGCGGCGCCCGCGCCCGCGCCAAAGAAAGAGUUGACGGCGAAGCAGAUCGCUUUACAACGGCGCCGCAAGACGAAGAACAAGGGCGCGCAGCACCACCAGAAGGACCGGGCGGCGCGGAAGGUGUGAGAUGCUGCGUCUGCUCGAUGGCGUGGAGGUGCCGCACGGUCAGCGAUAGCACUACCUCGACGCCGUCGCCGCGACCACCAAUGUGAUAGUAAC